AUGGAUACAGAUAAAUUUAAUGACCACUUUAAUAUCACAAUGUCUUCUAAUUCUACUCAGUUACCGAACGGAAGGGGUCUUCUCCCCAUUUCCCUCAUUUCUCUCGCGCUGGGUCUUCUUACUUUAAUUACAGCAAUCGGUAACAUCUUCGUCAUUUCCGCCAUUUUAACGGAUAGAAUUCUUCGGACAGUAGGUAAUUACCUCAUUCUGUCUUUAGCCGUGGCGGAUUUAAUGGUAGCUUGUCUCGUGAUGCCUUUCGGCACUAUUUACGAGAUUAUGCAGGAAUGGCGGAUGGGAUCGGUACUGUGUGAAAUAUGGACGUCCUGUGACGUGUUGUGCUGCACAGCGUCCAUUCUCCAUCUGUUAACCAUCGCUGUUGACCGGUACAGAGCAGUAACUCACGUAGAUUAUGUCCGUCAGAGAAGUUCGAAGGACAUUGGGCUCAUGGUUUUACUCGCGUGGAUCGUUGCCAUAGCAAUUUCGGUCGCCCCAGUCUUCGGAUGGAAAGAUGAAGGCUUUGAAGAUCGGAUAGUCAGAGAGAAGAAGUGUUUAAUCAGUCAGGACGUGGCUUACCAAGUAUUCGCUACAUGUUCAUCAUUCUAUUUACCCCUGGUCGUUAUUCUUAUUCUCUACUGGCGUAUUUUCCAAGAAGCUCGCAGAAGAAUCCGCAACAAACCAGGAACUACAAUUUCUCUUCUGGUCAGAAAAUCGCAUUCUAAACUUUCGGAGUCACCUGGAAAUGAAACCACCACUCUUUCGACACCAUCUUGCUCGGCGGAUUCAAGCCCCUGCUCCUCGACACCGACGAAGAAUAAACGGACGAAAGAGAAAUUAUUCCGUGUUGACACAGUUCUUAAAAGAGGCAGAAGACAACCACGAGACCUGGAGUCGAAACGUGAAAAGAAAGCUGCGAAGACCUUGGCGAUCAUCACUGGAGUAUUCAUCAUUUGUUGGAUGCCCUUCUUCGUCCUCGCCUUCGUCAUGCCCAUCUGUAGCAGCUGCUACUUCGAUGAAAGACUUUUCACUAUGUCUCAAUGGCUGGGCUACACUAACUCCAUGCUUAACCCUAUUAUCUACACUAUUUUCAGCCCAGAUUUUCGUCAGGCGUUCAAUAAAAUGUUAUGUAGAACACCACAAAGAGUUCAAACUAAUUUAUAA